GGUCAUCCCCGAUUGGUAAAUGUACUCAGUCAGUUGUACACACCAUUCACCCGAUGUGACCCAAAUCGAUAUGCUUCAGCUGGUUCUCUAACCAAAGACACCUUCGCUCCAACUCGGCACUUGGACGCUUUAUCCGAGGUCAUUGUGUCCGUGGGCGCGUACGGAGCUUUAAGUGCUGCCAUUUCUUCCCUGAUUGAUCAUGGGGACGAAGUGAUUAUCAUGGAUCCAAGUUUUGAUUGUUACGCUCCGAUGACUGAGUUUGCUGGUGGUGUUCCGGUGUUCAUUCCUUUGAGACCGACCUCGGUGAGUGGCCCAUUGUACUUGUUCUGUACAUUCUUCUUUUUAAGAGUUCUCCUACUUAUAUGUAUGUCAGCAGUCGCAUUUAUGAUUAAAUUGUUCCCGAAUCUAUUUAGCUUCACACUGUUUAGUCGAACUAUCUACCCGAUCGUUUGUUUUUGA